UGAUGCUGCUGCUGCAGCUGAUCUGCAUCCAUGUUUCUGCUGGUAUUACUGACUAAAUUCAUCCUCCAGCGCAGAUUCCUGGACAUGUGCAGCAACUUCUGACCCCGAGGGAGAGAAAACCGAGUCCUCUCGUCUCUUCAGAACCGGGACUGACAGUCCGAGCAGAGAAAACGAGAUGACGACGCGCUCGGAGAGAGAAAAGGCUCAGAAACUGAACGAGCAGCAUCAGCUCAUCCUCAAUAAACUCCUGCGGGAGGAAAACAACAAGUUCUGCGCAGACUGCGAGGCCAAAGGGCCUCGAUGGGCGUCAUGGAACCUGGGAGUGUUCAUGUGUAUCCGGUGUGCCGGCAUUCACCGCAACCUGGGCGUCCACAUCUCCAGGGUCAAGUCUGUCAAUCUGGACCAGUGGACGCCUGAGCAGAUCCAGAGCAUGGUGGACGUUGGAAACGGCCGGGCCAAACGGCUGUACGAAGCUCACCUGCCGGAGAGUUUCAGACGACCCCAGACCGACCAAGCGGUGGAGGUUUUCAUCCGGGACAAGUACGAGAGGAAGAAGUACUACGACAAGGAAGCCCUGGCCGCGGCGGCGAAUGAACAGGAAAAGAAAAAAGAGGAGAAGAAGAAAGACAAGGAUGCUGACAAAGGAGAGAGACUCAACAACAGCAAGCUGUCAGAGGGCAGAUCCAGCCCCAAGAGGAGCCCGGAGCCGGCCGUGGACCUGCUGGGUUUGGAUGCUCCAGAAGGGGAAGGACAGGGCUCUGAUCCUGCGGCCCCUGUCGGUGAAGACGUGGACAUCUUUGGACCGAUGGUCUCCAACCCUCUUCCCCCCGCCGCGGCGCAGCAGUCUGGCUCCGGUGCAGCAGCAGCUCAGGUGGACUCCACCUCCUCCUCCUCCCCCGGCACCACUAAAAAGGUGGAGGAGAAGAAGCUUCUGUCCAAGGACUCCAUCCUGUCUCUGUACGCCAGCAGCGCCAUGAGCAGCAGCCCUCAGAUCCAGCAGCAGCAGCCGGCGGCAGGACCAGCCGGUGUGUUCGGGGGCCCGCCCCAGGUCCAGUUCCCCCCUCCGAUGGCCGGGGGUGUCCCACCCGGCACCGUCCUGGCCCCGGGGUCCGUGAUGUCCGGCAUGACGCUGCCCAACGGAGGCUACAUGCAGCCGGGACAGCAGCAGUGGAACACCAACCAGGUGACCCAGCAGAUGGGGGGCGUGGCCUUGAGCGGCGGAGGCGGAGCCCCGGGUUCGUUUAACCAGCCGGGCGCGGCGGCGGCGGCCGGUUGGCCCGCAGCGGCGGCGCCGCCUACAGGCCAGACGCUCAGCACUCAGCUGUGGAAGUGACGACGGGGUCCCAGCGGGGGGGCAGUCGGGGGCCGGAUCCACCCCAACCUCCCCCUCAUCUCAGAGCUGAGAACGGACAGUGGGCGUGGCUUGUUUCUCCCGAAUGCCCCGUCCAGAACCAACACGCCCUCGCCAUGGGGACGACAUGGAAAAGAACAAUGUGGCCAGCGUCGAGGCCAGCGUCGAGGCCGUCGUCGAGGCCGUCGUUGAGGCCGUCAUAGGUCAUCUCUGACUCCUUCUUCCCUCUUCUGUCGUUGUCGUCUGAAAAGCAGCAAAACGGUGACGGAGCAGGAAUCUGCCGGUCGUUACCGAGACGGGUGAUUAGUGCGUAGUUUCGGUACCUCAGUAGUCGUGUGGUUGGUGUGUGACGCCCCCCCCCCCCCCCCCCCCGAUAACUCCUCCCAUAACCCUGAUAACUCCUCCCAUAACCCCGAUAACUCUUCCCCCCCGAGCAGAGGCCUGUAGCAGCUAAUAGAGCCGUUCUGUAUUUAUGUGACCGUGAUGUGAAACUCCUGCGUCUCCGAGCCCAGAAGAAGCCGCCGCGAAGCUCCGACAUCCUGUAGUUCCAGUAGUUCCGGAAAAAUCAAUCUUUAGACAUACAAAUCAAUUUUAGGAAUUAAUAUGAGAAUCAACUUCGAAUGGGAAAAUCGAUUUAAAAAAAAACAACCUAAUAAUGAAGACAAAAAAGAUGCUGGCAACAGUUGUAGAUCCACCUUUGAUGUAGCGACUUCCUGUCUCUCAGAGCUGUGGAGGAAGUUUGGUCCAUUCGUCUUUAUCUGUAGCUGGACCCGUCCUACACAUGACAAGGGACACACAUUGGACCUUGUGUUGAGUUUGUGACUCACACACGUUUGAAGCUGCAUUCACACUAAAUGUUACUUUUACGAACCUUAAAGUCGCAGUUUUAACCAGAACCGCUGGAAAUGUUGAAACAUCGAGUCGAGCACGAGAGAGACACUGCAGGUUCAGUGGACGUCCAGUAUCACCUCCGGGGUCCAGAUUCAGGACUGAGACGGUUCUGAAUAAACGUAACGCUUCUGCCACAAACCUCCACGUCUCAGGUAACAUCCACAUGCAGGUGAGACCCAGCUGUUUCACCUGUCCUGUUGUCGGGUCUCGUCAGCGCCGCUGCGUCUCGGCCACGUGACCCAGAGAUCCACCAAGCCCCUCCCACAGAUAUUUCCCAUAAUGCUGCUGUGGAGCGGACCGGCACGGCGUAUUGGUCUCCAUGACAACCGUCUCCUCAUCUUUGACCCACUGGAAACAUCCCUCGCUUGCGGGUCAGCAGGUCUGUGGCUCCGCCUCCAGGGGGAAGAACCCCCCCCCCCAACCCGACCGGUGUGACCCCUGACCCGUUCCAACCCCCAUGUGUGACGGCGUGACCUCGUCUCUCGUUGUUGUGUUCCGUCGUGCCGUACGAGAGAAGCGGCUGGUAGGAAUUAAACCUGGACGACCCGGUUGAGACUCGGGAUGCCCCGUUACCAUUUUUUUCACACCGAGAACGAGUAUUUUAAUUUGUGUACUCGCCGAUACCGAGUACCGAUAUGAUACUUCUACCACAAAAGUAACUCGGCUAAAAAUGCAAUAAAAAUGCAAUGAAUUGGAAGACAGGUUUUAUUUGCAACAGAAAUUCAAUUUUAAACAAAACGUGCUACUUUGUGGUUCUGCGCACGCGCACAGUUAAUAUUCAAAGUUUGAUUGCCACGCCCUUCAUUUCAUUAGCUCUACAAAGGUAAAAAACCAUUAGGUAGCAUUUUUCGGCAAAGCAGCAGAAAUCGGCAGAACACGGGCUUUCCUCCGCAGCCCAGUUGCGCUGAGAGCGCUAGCCCCCCCGCCGGCUAGCGCAGCGCCGACAGCCCGCAGUCUGCCUUGGUUCUGUGGUUGUCCCUUAUUCUGAAAUAUGUCCACACUGAUGUCCCGCUUGCAUUAAUUGUCGCUAUCUUGCCUGAAACGGCGCUGCCAGUCUCACUCACGGGUAUCACUCUCUUCUCAUCACCACGCUAAGUUUAGCCGACUGGCGGCUAACCGGAACAGCUGGCUGAGCAGUGUCGGCUCGGCGGCUGCUCUCCCCGGGAGCCGCGGGGCGGCUCAACAGCUCCCCCUAGAGUCACUAACCAGUAACUACAACAACAAUGAAGUAUCGGUGCGUGGUAUCGGAGCAUUUUUGCGAGUAUAUGAGGGCAGUAUUGGCUCUGAUACCGAUACCAGUAUCCGUAUCGGGGCAUCCCUAGUUGAGACUCGGCCCGGUUGAGUUACAGACUCGACCCGGUUGAGGGACCGAGUCGGAGCUUAGUAUCCAUGGUAACGGGCCCCCCGGAUGUCCUCCAGGUUUGUUCUCAGCAGAUUUACGUCUUCUGGUGCCUCGUACGAAAAAUAAUGUGACUCCCUCUCUCUAUCUCUCUCUCCCUCUCUUUCUCCCUCUCUUUCUCUCCCCCUCUUUCUCUCUCUCUCCCUCUCUCUCUCUCCUUCUCUCUCUCUCUCUCUCUCUCGCAUUUCAACUGUAAACAAACAGAAAAGCUGCAUUUCUUUGUCUCACGACUCUCAACUGUUUUAUCCUUUGACUCUUUAGUUCCUUCGCUCCUCUUUUGCUGUCCAGAGUUUUACGAGUUUCAUUUGGAAUAAAAGAUGUUG